AUGGGAAUGAAUCCAGUCAAGAAUCGGUUCCGCUAUCUUGUUGUUUUUCUUGGUUUGGCAUGUCUUACUUCAAUUCUUUCCAACUAUAUUAUCAUCAAUUUCACAUUUAUUUGCAUGAAAGAUGAUCCAACUGGAAUUGAGAUGUCUGAUAAUGGAACAACAUACAACAGAUAUGACUACUCAGUUGCUGAAAAAAGUGCUAUCGUUUGGGCUGUUGCAGUUGGAACGAUUCUUGGAACUGGUCCAAUUAACUAUUCUUAUGUCCGUUAUGGAGCAAGAAUUCCAUUUUUCAUCGCUGGAAUCGUUUCUGCAUUUGCAACAAUUUUGACCCCCUUUGGAGCGUAUUUGGGGUUGCCAUAUCUUCUGGCUUUAAGAUUUGCUCAGGGACUGGCCUACUCUGCUGAUUUCGCUGCCAUUGGAAUUGUGUGUGUUCGUUGGGCUCCACUCGCUCAGACUGGACUCUUCAUUUCAAUUCUCACUAGUUUCAGUCCAGCAGCCACCGUCAUGACAAACGCCGCAUCUGGCUGGUUGUGUAAAUCAUCGUACGGUUGGCAGUCUGCAUUCUAUGUUCAUGGUGCCGCUGGAUUCCUCAUCUUCGCCGCGUGGAUCUAUUUCUAUAAUGAUGAUCCACAAUUCAGUGCAAAAGUAUCCGCGAAGGAGUUGACAACAAUUCAAAAAGACAAAACACAAGCUCACAUUGAGAGAGAUUCAUUCGUUCCAUACUGGGAGAUUUGCAAGAAUCGAGUUAUUCUGACUGUCUGGAUCAAUUCUUUCUUCGAGAUGACCACCUUGAUCCUUCUUUUGACCUACUCUCCAAUUUAUUUCCGGAAAGUUUUGGACUUCAGCGUCGUGGAGACUGGAAUGUUGAUUUCUCUAUCUGCAGUUGCUCACAUGCCAGCAAAACUCAUUUCCGGAUGGCUCUCCGACCGUAAAUUCUUAUCCGAACGUAUCCGAAUGUGGUUCUUCAACACUUCUUCAGUAGGACUAGCUGGCUUCAUGUGUGUCACGUUGGCAUAUAUUCCAGUCACUUGGAAAUAUACAAGUGUCGUCAUGUUUAGUAUUGUCUACACUUUGAUGGGAACAAAUUGCGGAGGAUUCUACAAAUGUGGAACUUUUGCAGCAAGACAAUAUGCCCACUUCGUUCUUGCAAUGAUCCAAUUCAUGAAAUGUAUUGCUCUGUUCGCUGCUCCAGCAACGGUCGCCAUCUUUGUUUCCGAUGAAUCUUCACAUUCGCAAUGGGGUCAUGUCUACAUUCUGAAUGGAUCUCUUAUGUUCAUUGCGAAUAUUCUCUUCUUCCCAAUGGCUACUGACCAACCACAACCAUUUACUUUUGUCACACGAAAGUCAGUGGAAGAAGAAAAGAAGAAGAACCAGCUAGCUUGA